GAUGAUGGAUAUGUGGAAGUAAAGGAAAGCCCAAGGAAGAUCCAAUAUAUCAUUCGAGCACCCACCCCCGCAACAUCAACAUAAGAUGUGAGCAUUUUCUUCAAAGAGUUUAUCAACGGCUUCAAUUUAUAUACCAGGGAUUUUUGGGGGCCUCCUUCCUUUCCAACUACCGUCAUUCUUUUUUGGGUUUUGGAUUUGUUUCGAUUUUUGGGGAUUUUAUCUACAUUCUAUUGUGAGGUCUUUGCGAUAAUUACUUUUUACAUACACUUCGGAUACGAUACGAGAGGAUACGAGAGGAUACGAGAGGAUAGGAUAACUCACUGGGUGUAGACAUUGACGAGGUAGGAAAGGAAGGGAAAGGAAUAAAUCGAAUAACAUCAGACGAAUACACUUGGCUAUCUAUCUCUUCGACCUUUAAACCUUCACAGCUUCAUACCUUCACACCUUCAAACAUCUAAACAAUCACAACCAUCUUCAAUCGUUAUCCGGACUCGGGACGAAUCUUUCGGAACGGAAAGGAUAUAUUACUUUACAUUACAGGAACAUAAUUGAUUGUUCGCCGGUUCCAGAUCAAUUAACACGACCCUCUUCAGCAAAUUGGAUCAAUUGAACAUCCUUCCACCGACGACUAUACCAGUUGUCGAUUUGCAUAGGAAAAGUGAUGCUGGAACCACGAUUAUAAAGAUAUACCAUACCGUAUAUAUCUUUAAUUCUGAAUCAAAAUGGAUGGAAUUAUGGAAAAGGUGAAGGAGGUUUCCAUAUCGAAUUGGAGAUCUUCACAAUUGUCCAUCUCUUCGCAACUAUUCAUGUCGCACGAUCCAACGGCAUCACUUAUUCCUAUCCCUAUCCUUAUGCACAUCCCUACCAUGACGAAAAUGAUACCGCUAUCCCUCACAACCACAUCAUCGACAUUAUCUUUCAAAAAAUACACAUCUUCGACAUCUUCGACAUCUUCUACAUCUACAUCCAUUAGAUAUACAACUUCAAAUUAUACAUUUCUUUCUCCAAAUAAUAUAAUAAUACUUCUCACCAUAUUGUUAUCCUUUCUCGUUCAAACAUGUUCGGCGGAAUUCUACAUUGAAGAGCAAAUGAUGGAAGUGAGAGAAGAUAUCCCCGAAUUAUUCGCAUCGACAUUGGCACGACUAGCUAGAUCUGGUACUAUCUUAGUUGAUCAACAACCUGAUCCAUCACUCCCACGCGAUUCGGUACCAGAUUUUGAGACCUGGGAAAUUACUCAUCAUACAGGUAUUAGCUUGGGUUCAGGUAUGGAUGGAGAGGAAGAAAAAAGCGCAAGAGAAAAUAACAAUUCGAUUCAAAAUCAAGACAAUCAAAAAACUCAAGGGAAUCAAGACACAGAUCAAAUUGGGGAUCUAGUAUCAACUACCGAUGAAUUCGACUCCGACUCCGACUCCAACCUCGGUAUCGAUAAAAGAAACGUAGCAACAAUAACCUCUACAGCAACCAUCACUCCACCCAAAAUUACAGGUACAGCGACAGCAACAGUUACGGAUUCUUCCUCUUCAACACUGGCUUCCUCAGGAACAAGUAGUGGACAAUUGUCCGCUGCGACAGCGAGACCAAGUUUACCUACUCCGUUUGAUAGUGGGUUUACCAGUAAUGUUACUUCAACAUGUUCGAGUUUUAUGAUGAACUUCUUGGCGGAUGACAGUUUUAAAGCUUGUUUACCUUUUUCGUUGUUACUGCAGGUAAGGUUAUUACUUUACAUGUUAUUCUGUUUAUUCUCAUUCAAUCAUCAUUACCCAUUGCGCCAAUUAAGCCAUUCCCGUCCACGUCCAAUUCAUCCUUUCAUCACAUCCACCCCUCAAAUCAAUUGCUUAAUAAAUCCACAACUAAUCCAAAUCGCAGAACUCCAAUUCCUUCUUCCAAGCUUCCAAAUCCAUCGUCCGUAUAACCCAAACCCUCGAUGCCUCUUGUUCCGCAAACUCCCAAUCAUGCUCCAACCUAAUGAACUCCAUCGCCUCAAACAUCACCUCCCCAAACGCCUGCUCUACAGACCUCACUGCCGCCAAUCCCCUCGUAACCCAAGCUCGUCUUGGUCUCCUCGCCUACUCAAGCCUAUACACAGCAUCAUGUCUCAAAGAUCCCAUCAACGGCGCAUACUGCUACGCACAAGCCGUAACCAAUACCUCAUCUCCCACCGAUUCCUACAUCUACUAUCUACCCGUCAAUGUAUCCCUACCAGGCGGAAGUCAACCAACAUGUAACUCAUGUUUAAAAAAUACCAUGGCGAUUUUCGAACAAGCGGGUGCAGUGAGAUCGAGCGCUAUUGCGGGGACUUAUGAACAAGCCGCUGGUAUGAUUAACGUACAAUGUGGACCAGGGUUUGUAAAUGCGAGUUUACCUGCUGCAGCGGUAGUUACGGGGACGGCAACAAGUGCAGUGAUCAGAAGUGGGGCUAUAGAAGGAAUAGUAGGGUUAUUAAUGUUUUGGAUUAUGGUAUUAGGAAGACUGAUAUGAGAGUAUGUUUUAUUUUCUGUAUGGUGAUCAAAGAAAAAGAAACGUACGUAUAAGGCCAAGCCAGGCCCAAAACCUCGAUUUAGAGAGGAGGCUUAAUAUACAUUUACAUUAUAUUAUAUUAUAUUAUAUUAAUAUGUAGGGGGAUGAACGAGUAAAAUUUUCUCUUUUUAGGGAUAUGGAACUUGGGUUUGGAGCCUUGGGGUUGUAGUGUUGGUUGAUUGAUUUGGUUUAGAUAUAUACCCUGGAUUUGGAUUGGUUUGGAUUGGGAUGGGAUGGGAUUGGUGCUUUUAAAGAAAGAGAGAAAGAGGGUUUUUAAGGAGAAGGAGAGGGGAUUAGAAGAGAUUAGAUUAUAAUUUAUUUUUAUUUUUUAUAUAAAGAGAGUGUGUGUAUGUUUUAUUAG